GGGCAGGCAGCCUUUCCGAGAUCUCCACCGGCCCAGGAGGCGGCGGCGACUGAGCUGGACUGGAUUUUGCCUUUUAUAAAGCUCGCGGGGGGAUGUUCUUUCUGUUCUCCGCCUUCCUCGCUGCCGGCGCUGCCCUCUUGCAACAUGUGGGAAAGGAGCGGAAAGCAGCUGAUUCCGACUUCCUAAUUUGAGAUUUACUUAGUUCGCCCUCGCCCAGUUCUCCCGGCAGGAGUGACCCGCGGCCAUGGCCGGUGCCUGCAAGUCCUGUGGGGGCCUCUACAGCUUCCUCUUCGAGUACGACACGCCGCGGAUCGUGCUGAUCCGGAGCCGCAAAGUGGGGCUGAUGAAUCGCUUGGUACAGCUGGCCAUUCUGGCCUACGUGAUCGGCUGGGUGUUUGUGUGGGAAAAGGGUUAUCAAGAGACGGAUUCGGUGGUGAGUUCGGUAACCACAAAGGUGAAGGGAGUCACCAUGACCAACACUUCCAAGCUGGGGCUCCGAAUUUGGGACACAGCCGACUAUGUCAUUCCACCUCAGGGGGAGAACUCUGUAUUCAUCAUGACAAACAUGAUCAUCACGUUGAAUCAAACGCAAGGACUCUGUCCAGAGCUUCCAGAUAACAGCACAAUGUGUCACUCUGAUGAAGAUUGCAAAGAAGGAUACGUUGGGACGCACAGCAACGGUGUUCAGACUGGGAAGUGCAUCCACUAUACCUCUGCAAAAUCUACCAUCAAAACUUGUGAGGUCUUUGCCUGGUGUCUGGUGGAGGAUGACAAGAACAUUCCCAAACCAGCUUUCCUAAAGAAUGCUGAGAACUUCACCCUUCUGGUAAAGAACAACAUCUGGUACCCCAAGUUCAACUUCACUAAGCGGAACAUUCUUCCCAACAUCAGUAAAACGUACCUCAAGAACUGCAAAUACAAUUCCAAAAUGGAUCCCUUUUGCCCAAUUUUCCGUCUCCGUGAUGUGGUUGAAGGUGCCGGUCAGGAUUUCCAAGAAAUGGCUGUUGAGGGUGGAGUGAUGGGGCUACAGAUCAACUGGGACUGUGACUUGGACAAGCCUGCUUCUCGCUGUGUGCCAAAGUACACCUUCCGUCGCAUUGACAACAAGGAUUCCGCCCACACUGUGUCUCCAGGAUACAACUUCAGAUUUGCAAAGUAUUAUCAGAAUGCUGCCGGUGUAGAUUCCCGGACGCUUAUCAAGGCCUACGGCAUCCGCUUUGAUAUCAUGGUGUUUGGGAAGGCGGGAAAAUUUGAUAUCAUUCCUACAAUGAUUAACGUUGGAUCUGGCUUAGCCCUAUUCGGUGUGGCAACGGUUCUCUGUGAUAUCAUUGUCCUGUAUUUCAUGAAGAAAAGAUAUUAUUAUAGAGAGAAGAAAUACAAAUAUGUCGAAGACUAUGAACUGGAAGCCAAUGCAUCCUAUGGCUCACAGGCGGAAAGUCAGGGAUGCUGUGCUGCCCACUGACCAACCCAGCUGGUGUCAACAGGGUCCUAUGAAUUUCAUGCACUUGCAGACUGUGAAGACCACCUUUUCUCUCUCACGAAAUGAACUGAGCAGCUGUGCCUUCCUAACAUGCAUAGUGCGGGAGGGGAACAAGGAAGCCACCCAAAUGAUCUCCAUGUUAUCUGUUCAGUCUUGUGGUAAAGUCCAGAGCACACCUUGGAGUAAAGGGAACGAGAAGAUUUUGAUAGUCUGAAAGUAACAAUAACCACUUUCUAUGAAAGGGUGCUUUUUUGGGGGGGGGUAUUUCUUGGAUUUUUUUUGCAAGGCCUUGCCUGAGGUAAUUUUGAGGCUUCCUUAGGUUGCAGUUGUGAGAAGACAAAAUGGCCUCUUACCCUGUGCCUAUUCCUCUCUCUCUCUCACACACACACCCCUGCACUAAUGCCAGUGAGGGUUAGAAGACUGGGAGAAAGAAAUGCUCCAUGGGGAUGCUUCAAGAAGCCCCCAGCUGCGUAGGGUUACUUCCCUUUUGUCUCGACCAUUUCCCCCUCCCUUUCAGCCCUUUGACCUCCAUCUCUUCUGGAUUUAUUGUGCUGGAUGUUCUUGACCAAGAUCCCAAGUCUUAUGCUUGGCGCAUGCCAGAAUUCCCAGAACUCUAUGGGGCAGGGAAGGUACCAUGACGCUUAAAGCUAGCUUGACAGGCAGAUGCAUCUCCUACAGCCAGGUUCUGCCCACCCGUUGCCCUUCUCUUUCCUUUUUGGUGUCCUUUUAGAAUUUUUUAUUCCCGGAUGGAAGGGAUAGAUAAGUUAAAAAAAAAGUAGAUGUCUUUGCACUUUUUCCUUGUCAUGAGCACAUGGGACCCAAACAUUUAUUUAAUGUGAAUGGGAGGAUUUGGGGGUAUCGGGGGGUAGAGAGAGAUCUAUUUUGUGGAGAAAAUAAAGACAUUAGAAAUUUUA